CUGAACGCAAAGGACACGUGUAGGAUGGCAAUUAACAUGUGACAGCAAGAGGUCCUCACUUGAAAGGAACUACUGAGAAAAAGAAAAAAACUGGGCAGAUCUUGAUCAGAAAUACAGGAAAUUAUGUUGUCGUCAUGGUUACAAAAGCAGAGUGGAAACAGUAUUUCAUUGCUCAUUCGGGGAGUGUUAGAAAGCGUGGUUAAUGCCGGACCAGGAGGUGCCAUUUCUGACACUGCAAUGAUCAGACCACUUGACACAACAAAGGCACAAAAACUGGGGUACAAAAAAGUGUGGAUUUCAUAACUGACCCCAUGGAGACGGUAAUAGCUUCAAACACCACCCACAAUGAUUCCGACACCUGUUCCAACCUGUAUGACCAUCGUGGUUGGGCACAGUAUUUGCUGCCUGUAGUGUAUUCUCUGAUUUGCAUUGUGGGACUGCUCGGCAACCUGUUGGCUCUGCAUGUGAUUUGGCCUAAUUUAAAAAAAAUCAACUCCACGACUCUGUAUUCAGCCAAUCUGGUGAUAUCGGACAUCCUAUUUUCGCUCGCUCUGCCCCUGCGUGCGGUUUACUAUGCCAAGGGGUUCCACUGGUCGAUGGGGGAGGGUUUGUGCAAGGCAGUGGCGCUGCUUUUCUACAUCAACAUGUAUGCCAGUGUCAACUUCAUGACUUGUUUGAGCGUGGAUCGUUUUAUUGCGGUGGUGCUGCCACUGCGAUUCUCCCGAUUCCGAAAGGUUCAGAAGGUGCGCUACAUCUGUGUUGCCGUAUGGGCCGUUGUGUUGAUGCAGACCCUGCCUUUGCUGUCAAUGCCCAUGACGAGCAUAGAGCAAAGCGGUCACGUAACGUGUAUGGAGUAUCCCAACUUUGAGAAAGUCGACAACCUACCUGUCAUGCUCAUCGGUGCUGUGUUGCUUGGCUUCGGCAUCCCUGUUAUCACCAUCUUGGUGUGUUAUUCAGCACUGUGCUCCAAGCUCCGCCUCCUAGCCAAGUCUAAUAAACUCACAGAGAAGUCGGGUCGCAGUCGCAAAGCCAUCGGCGUGAUUUGCGCCGUCAUUCUCGUAUUCGUGGUGUGCUACACCCCGUAUCACGUCGACCUCCUACAGUACAUGAUCAGAAAGCUGCGGUAUGAGCCAGACUGCUCAGAACUGCAUGACUUUCAGAUUUCCCUUCACAUCACCGUCUGCCUGAUGAAUCUCAACUCGUGCCUGGAUCCCUUCAUCUACUUUUUUGCCUGCAAGGGAUACAAGAAGAAGGUACUCAAACUGCUCAAGAAGCAAGUCAGCAUGUCCUUCUCGAGCGUCCGAACCUCACCUGAAGGCUCCUCCAAAGAUGUGUGGAACGACAAAAUCCAAAUGAACUCCAGAAGCAAUCAGAAAGAAAGGAGCAGUGUGCUGUUAAGCACCAGCAAUGGUUGUGAACUAUAAGCAUCAACGAGAAAUGCAGUCCACUGACAAUAUGAGACUUAAUACAACAGCAAAUUUCUUACCUCUGGAUUAAGGUUUCAAGCUAUUGGUUUGGGCUGUGGUUCAUAUUUUGUUAUGUACAUUUGUCUUGCAUGCUUUAGUGCUAGAAUUUGUUUUUCAGUUUUUUUCAUCUUUUGAAUAAUAAUAAUAAAAAUAAAAAAAAGCUGAAAUGACAAAUAUAUGCAGUGGCAUGAUGAGCUAAAGCAGUCUAGUACCAAGUGUUUACUUAAGUCUCUCACUGUUGAAGCUUGUUAAUGGCUUGGUGUUUUCACCUGCAGUCAAAGAGUACAGCAAAAGCAAGCAGCAUUAUGUAAUGUGCACUAAGGGUGCAAAGAAGUGAGCAAGAACAGUCAAGACCAAAACCCCCUUAAGAAACUACUGAGCUGUCUUACUGGAAAGAGUCACUCUUUUAUCUCAAUGGCUUCUCAUGCAUUACUCAGGUUGAAAAACUUGAGAGUCACACUCACAAUCAACUGUCUUUAUCCAUGGCACACAACAAGACUUGCCUAAACUGAUUAUUUCAAAUUUGGAUCUAUUUUACAGCAACAUAUUAUCAAGGACAACUGGCUAUGUUUGCAUGGACACCUUUUGUUUCGGUUGGAAAGUCAUUCUGAUGAAUCUGAACACGAUGUGUUCAUAUGAAUGCUAAAUAAAGUGAUCAGUCAGGUUUA